CGCUUUGUACCACGGCAUGGGCGGUCCGUUUCUGCGGUAUGUAAACUACUGGUAGUAAUAAUUGCUGAAUCCACUUACUAUUUGUCAUGCGCAAAUUUCAGAUACCUUCCAUUCUCUUUGACUAUCACCGAGCUUACUAUGUCUUCUCACUUUUCUGGACCUUCUUUUCACCCGAAGAAAUACGUUUCUCCGAUUCGAAAUUCCUCGAUUUAUCGGUACAGAUUUUACUUCAAAAUAGAUGCUGAAAAGUUUCCUAAAGAUGUUUGCCAUUUUUCGUUUGACUUGUUUUACAAACAAUUGAGUUUCUUUUAAAAUUAAUAAUGAUCGAUUUAUUAGGGGAUAUUAAAUGCCUGGGAGAGGGGUCACGAAGUGUUCUUUUGUAAAUAGAAACGGAAAAAUCUGAUGUGAAUAAUGCGACAUUCGGGGUACGGGUUUCAAGUGAGUAUUUCGUGAACAAAGGUAAUUCGUUUCUUUCACAGGUGUUGAAAACGUACGCUUGGCGCUUUCGACAUUGCAGCUUCUGCAAAGAUAACCGGAUCGUAACGUAAAACCGUUGUUGGUAAUUCAAAGAGUGUACGACGUUAUUAGUCUUUCGAAUCGAAUAACACUCUCAAGGAGAUUCUCCAGAAUGUUUCAUAACACGCUGUUCGUGGAUCGAUGUGUAAACUUGUCACGCGUGGUUGCGUGUUAUCGCCUCCAUUAUGUUCAUUCAUAAAUAACACGAUUUACAGCUUUCCACGUCUAUAAAUAUAUCAAUAAACUAGCUACGGCCCGCGGUUUCACCCGCGUGGAAUAUUAUUCCAUUGCUCUGCAACUGCAACUAUUUAUGCCUGAUUAUCCUCGUGUCGAUAUAGUUGUUUUAAAGCUUUAACUCUGUUGGUUUCAGAUGCCUCUAUUAAUUUCGUUGUACGGAUGGUAAUGCUGUUAAACGACUGUUUAACCGAUCAAUUGUACGGCGGGAUUGCGGUCUCGAUACUCGCGACUCCAGGUCUGUUCGCGUCAAGACACCUUUUGAUAACAAUGUCAACGUUAUCGUGCUCUUAACGAACAAUACGCGACGACGGCGCACUCCUAAAGCAAAUAAAAUAUUUGGCUAGGCGUUCGAAAGAAGAGGGGCUGAAGCAUUUCGAUUCGUAGCCUCUUCGCCUCGCGCGUCGACCUCGGGAAAUCGCAAAGUUUAGUCAGUAGUUUCGAGGCCAUGAUGCCAUCUGCAACUGGGUCUAGCUUUAUUAAAACAUCGGGCACAUCUCGAAGCAUCGUGUCGCCUAACAAUGGAUCAACGGUCGCGCGGGUGUUCACAGUUCAUCGGUGAAAAUACGGUCUCGUCGUCUCGUCGUUGUUAUCGUCGGUCGAUCGCGACAUCGAACUGUCUAGUCUGUCUAGUGCACUGAUCUCGUAACAUCGACAGACGGAUAAACUCCGUCCGUAGAGUUGUAACUUUUCUCUUAAUUGAAAACUUGAAUUUCUGAGAAUAUUUACCAGCAAAUACUACCAAUCCCUCGCGAGUGAAUUUCUUUGAGAGCGAUAAACUCGAUAUUACUCGCAACCUGUGUAUGUUUCUAUUGGGAAUCGUCCAUUCGAUGUUGAAACGCGAUCUCGAUCGGAAUCGGUGUUCGAUCGACGCGAGUCGAUGAUUUCUCAACUUGGUUCGACUCCAAAAGGAUCUAUCGUUGACUGAUAGCCUCGAUCACUCGGGAGUGCGAUGUCGUUUCUACCUGUACGAACUGGGAUCUAAGUUUCCAUGAUAAGCGUAUGCACCGACUCGUGCUUGCGUUAUCUCGGAUACGUCGUUCAAGGUGAGCGGAGAAAUUCCGUGCCGUAAUCUCGUGAACCCGAGAGGGAUCCAUGAAUUUCUUUGGAGAAUGCUGUGCUUCGAAUGCGACGUAAGACAUUUUUGAAUUAUUCGUAGACACUCGCGGGAAAAGAUAAGAUAAAGCCCGCAGCGAGGAAGUGUCGCGAGCUAAAAGCGUGCCCUGCAAUUGUCAAGCUCACCUUCGAGUUGGUCGGUUCAUUGUCAAUGUCUAACCUACAUAAUUGAACUUCUCGGUAUUAAGAACAGAGCGUAAAGCAUACCAGGCAAUGACAAACGGCAAGGCACAGUAUAACGAAUACGUGGGAAACAAUACUAAUAGAUUUCUAAUGAAGCUGCAGUUGUCAUCUUAUUCAUUUGAAUGCAAAGCAGAUUCAAAAUUUCGGUUGAUGGAACUCGAUAAGUCACCGUGUAUCGGUAAUCUUAUUAGUCGGCUUAAGAUGUUGCGAGUGAUUUCACUCGUUUCGUGUACUCAAUUUUGUGAAUACGAUAACCAAAUGUGCUAAUAAAUUGAUGACAACUCGAAACGAAUCGUGUAAUGAUAAAACUCGUGCCACGAGUCAAUUUACAUGAAAUGCUUCGGUUAGGUUUAAGAUAUUGGGGUACCCUCCGAUCGAAUUGAUUUUUUUUAUCACAGAUAGCCCUCGACCUGACGAUUACAAUGGUGACUCCCAUCCUCCUCUCCCCAGGGGUCGAAAAUUAAAAUGAUUCAAAAAGUGUUUUUUUUGCACCGAUCUCGGUGAGUACGUCAUUUCUAACUUUUUUUUUUAUGUGGAAAAACAUUAUAGCACCAGGCCCGAAAUCUACUGUCUGAAUAGGUUUGGUGUACUUUUUAGCGAAGGGGCAAUAUCGAUUACUGUUAAUGUACAUACUGUCUACACGGAAAUAAUGUCUGGGUAGGUUUGGGGUAGUUUUUGAUAAGGGCGGCAAUAUUGAAUACAAAAAAAAACAGUUGGAAACAGUUGGUAAAACAGUUUGGACCAUUUCUGUUUUUGACCUAUUUGGACCUGUUCUGUUCUGAGUUAAGGACCAAGAUGACCACCGUUGUAAUUGCCAGGUCGAGGGCUACCUAUGACAAAAAAAAUCAGCCCGAUCGGAGGAUUCCCCAUUUUCUUAAACUCAACCAAUGCUUCGGUGGUUGCGAAUGAUCAAUAGGCCUACAACAUGCACGAAUAUUUAUAUCGAUAUAUUACAGUUGUCACUGAUCGCAUCCCUUUUCGCUCAGUGUUUUCUUUAGUAUCGCCGGACACAAACUCGUUUGGCGACAUUGAAGAGGGACGUUCAACUUGUUCGAGUCUCGGAAAUACAUGUACCGAAAUCCUGUUUCAAAUUAAUUACGCAAGCCGUGCAGAAUUUCCCGUUGGAAAUUUAUAUUUAUUUACGAGUACACGUAACAAUUCCAUGUGUCCAACUCCUGACGUUAUCGAAACGUGUAACGCUACAAUUAUAACCCUGAAAAUAAUUAAUACCAUACACUGACCUUUGAUAGGAGUGUAAAUUUAACGAUAAGACACACCAAAAACCACAAGUUUAUUUCAAACUCUGAAUCUGUGUUACGGUGCUUUUGGUAACAGUUAAAAUUAAGAAAAAUUAAUUAAGAAUAAUGUUGUAUUAGGUGAAACAAACACCUACAAACGUGAUCGGAUACUAUUAAAUAUAUAUAUAUAUAUUUAUAGAUUAAAUUGCUACACUAUUAGACAUUAUUUACAAAAUUACAAGAAGAAUAAAUAACUCUUAUGUACAAUAAAGAUUAAAUUACAAUGAAAUUUAUUUGUUAAGAGACAAAUGGAAGAAAGCCUUUCGAUACAUUAAAAACAAUAAGCUGGCGAUAAGAAUUUUAUCGGACUACGAUGACGAAAAAAUGUUGUAUCCAUCGAUAUAAUUGAAAGACGAUAAUUCUUGUACACAUUCUCGAAAACAGUACAUAAAAUAAACGGCAUACCAGAAUACACAGUAGUUGAAAUAAUCGAUUGUGAUAGAAAAAAAGCUUGGCCAAGCGUAAUAAUAUUUGGAACGUGCAGAGAAAGAGAAAACACUAAUGGAAAUUAUGUUUAUCGUACGCAAUAACGAUGGAAGUAACGGAAAACAGUAUAGAAUAACAGUAGAUAAUUCAAUGUAAAUAUAAUACGUAAUUCGUUGUUAUUAUAUUCGAUUAAUAUAUUCCCAAAUCUUGUCUAGAUAUCGUAAAAAUAUUAAAAUAUGCUGAAACGUGAUGGAUCGAGAAGCAUCGUGACAUAUUCGUCUCUAUCAAUGUUUAGAAUCGAAUGAAACGGUUGUCGAGGAUAUGGAAGAGGAUUGAAGAAUUCUAUGCAAAGUGAAUGAACGCUUUGAGAAUGGGAUGCAAUCCUAGCAUGCCGAAGUGCUUGGAGGACAAGGGGGAUGCUGAGAAAAGCAAAGCAUUGGAAACGUCGGACGAAGAGCGUCGAGUCGACGAAGGGAAAACGGAGUAUGAUAUUUUGGGAGAGAAAUCGUUGUUCGAAGAUAUCUCGGCUGCAGAGGAGGAUGUGGAUUAUUCAGCGCUGAAAGGGCCACAAAAUAUCGACGAUCAUCCGUUAACGAACAGUGUGCCCAGUCUCGUAAAAAUAUUGUUGGUCUUCUCCAAAGAUGAUCAGCAAAUGGACAUUCUCGCUACCACUUCGAGGAGAUUGGGAUGGAGCGUGUCGGUAGCGAAAGACGCGGAGAAAGCUGUCGAAUUUUUCCAAAAUCGGAGCCACGAGCUGAUAAUCAUCGAUCAUCGAGGGCAGCGUGCCGCGGAAGCUGGCGUAAUUUGUAGGUACGGUAAAAUAUCGACGAAAUGGAGCAUACACGCUACGAACUUAAGAAAUUUGUUAAUAGGUCCGACUGGUUUGUGUUUCAGGGCGAUCAGGGCUAGCCCCGUUUACCACAAUUCUGUUAUCAUAGCUCUUGUAAAGAAAUCAUACUUCAUGUAUACCGACAAAGAUAAAAUCGUAGCGUUGGACUUACUGGAAACAGGAUUUAGCAGAGCAUUGAUGGAGUGCUCUCACGAGGGUAUACUAAUAAAUGAAUUGGUAGGAAUUUAUACUAGCGCAUUAUUGCCAAGAACGCAACUCGCGGCAGCCAGUGCGCUUUACGUCGCCCUCGACAGAUGUCGCGACAUGGUACACGUGACGAACGAUAAACACAUUGUACAGUAUGUUAAUAGAAUCAGCGAAAAGUUACUAGGUUAUAAGACGAGCGAGAUGUUAGGGAAGAACAUCGGGGAGAUAGUGUAUUACGAGAACUUCGUCCUUAUGGAGCAACAGAUAAGCAAGGGACGAGAAUUCGAGGGAAACAUGAACUGCAGACGAGAGAACAACCGAAUGAUAACCAUCAACUGCAGAGUAAUACCUUUCAGUACCACGUUAAAAAAACCGACUCACUACAUAUACAUAUACGACACGACGUAUUUGACGGAAAACGUCGGCCCGCUUAGCCCGGUUACUACCCCGUCGCAACCGCUUUUUCCAAAACCGGGUGUGCCAACAUCGCCGAGGAGAACAUCCGACGUCCGAUCUACUACCACCGAGGGUCGUAGACGGUCCAGUUUGCAAAAGUUGCACUCUUUGCAAUUGGAAGCACCCAUCACGAAAGUAAUCACUCUCCUAUCGAACGCGAUCACGGACUCUACGAGUCCCGAAACAACAGCGCAAAUCGACAAGGCAAUAGAAAUGCUCAAAACUACCGAAUUGUACGCACCGUACCUCAAAGAAGAUAAAAACUACACCGAUCCAGUGGCGACGGAUCUCGUCGGAGCCCUGCUCGCUUCACCUCGAAGAGCAUGGGAAUCGAGGAGGUCUUCGGCAGAAUCCACGCGGCUGUCCACGCUCAAAGCUAUAUCGAAUGUGUCGAGUACUUCCCGUAUACAGAUCAAGGGUUUCAGAGGGCCUCAGGAAAUCUCGGAAUUACUGGACAAAUGUUUCGAGUGGAAUUUCGAUAUAUUUAAGCUCGAAGUUCUGACAGAGAAAAGGCCUCUACUCUUCCUAGGAACGGCCAUCAUGAAUUUAUUCCGCGUCCCAGACAGAUUAGACUGCGACGAAAAGACCGUACAGAACUGGUUGACUAUGAUCGAAGUGAAUUAUCGAUCUGAAAACACAUAUCACAACUCGACGCAUGCUGCGGACGUUUUGCAAGCUACCGCCAGAUUUAUGCAGUCCGAGAGACUCAAACAGAUUCUCGAACCGUUGGACGAAGUCGCGGCUCUGAUCGCGGCUGCUGCUCACGACGUGGAUCAUCCAGGUAGAUCGAGCCAGUUUCUCUGCAACGCCAACAACAAGUUGGCAAUCCUUUACAACGAUAUAUCCGUGCUUGAAUCGCACCACGCGGCCCUGACGUUCAAGUUAACGUUAUCCGAGAACAGCGUUAAUAUCUUCAAAAAUUUGACGCGAGAAACGUACAAACUGGUUCGUCAGAACGUGAUAGACAUGAUUCUGGCUACCGAGAUGACAAAACAUUUCGAGCAUCUGGCGAAAUUCAUGAACGUCUGCAGCGUAAGGAUGGGAGACCAAACUAUGGACAACUACUCGGAUUCCGUGGACAUGUCGGUCGUGUUGCAGCCAGAAAACGUAGUGUUGGUUAAAAGAAUGAUGAUCAAAUGCGCGGACGUGUCGAAUCCGACGCGUCCAAUGAAGUGGUGCAUCGAAUGGACCAGACGAAUUGCGGAGGAGUACUUCAAUCAGACUGACGAAGAGAAAACCCUGAGGUUACCUGUCCUAAUGCCAAUGUUCGACAGACCUACGUGCUCGAUACCAAAAUCGCAAAUUGGUUUCGUCGAUUUCAUCAUAAAUGACAUGAUCGAAGCAUGGGAUGCGUUCAUCGACAUGCCAGAGAUCGUGGGACACAUGAGACAAAAUUACGAGAAGUGGAAAGAAUAUAGCGAAAAAGGUAUAUCAACCUUACAGGAUAUUGAAAAACUGCAACUGCUUCCCGAGAUGCACAUACAUCGAUUGACGUGACACAUAAAGUUGUCCCUCCGCCAGUUUUUCGUUCACCCCUACUGGUUUCCGCUGCGAGUUGUGCAACAAUUUGUAAAAUAUUUGUAAUAUUUAAGAAUAGAUUAAUAUGAUCCGUUGAACGCUUGUAAAUUCUUUUUUUAGAAAAUACAUGUUCAUGUAAUUUUCAUUUACGUUCAUAGAUCUCGUUCCAUUCGCUAGUCCACCUAUUCGCUAGGUUUAAUUUUAAACUCGUGACGCCGCGGGAUGCAAUGGCCAGUCAUAUAAAUGUAUUGUUCGCUCAGUUCUUUCCUUGAAUGUCAACAUAGAGAAUUAUUAGAUACUUCGUCCAUACAUGCCACCUUCAGCAUUUUAAAAACCUUUUGCUUGGCUCAUCGAGUUAAAUGAUUCAUCUGUUAUGCUACCAAGCUGAAUUUUAAUUCAGGUUUUUCCAUUUAAAAUUUGUUUAAUACUUAACAUUAAUACCAUCUGUUCUCUCCAAGGAAGGGCUGGUUUUACUUUCGAAUUGAAAAGAACUCUUUAUAUCGGAUAUUCACUUUAUUGUUUCUCAGCCAAUAAAAGAUUCGAAUACUAAUCGCUAGGUGUUGCAAAAUGUUACAGUAUAAAAUAAGAUGUAAUACGUAUUUCCGGAUCGGCAAACAUUUUCCAUAUAUAAUUUUUAUAAAUGUUUCAGUGAACGACGCACACUUAUACAGUUACAUAGUCUGCUUUUAUAUAUGUGUAUAUAUAUGAUGCCUACACGAGGAAAACAUAAUUCGUUUUAGUACUGCCUUAGUUUAAGCGUCAAAUAUGCUUACGCAUUAUGGUUCUUUAAGAUCUAGCAAUAGUUUUCGUUAUUGUAACGUAAAGAACGUAGCAAAACGUAGCGCAAUCGGUGAAAGCCACUUGUAAAUGUUACAAGAAUCAAUAUAAACUUGUUACUAAGUCACAAAGUACAAGGAAUUAUACAAACACUAUUUCACAAUAUAUACGCUUGUAUAUAUAUGUACAUGUAAAGCACACGCAGAGAUUAGAUCUUAAAAAGUAUUUCCUUUCUCCAUUCCGGUAUACGAAUAAUUGAAGUUGUUUUAUCCAGUAUCAAAGAGACACGUAGUUUCCAAUCUAAUAGGCAAUAGAGACACAGCUUUUUUGCAUAUUUCCGUGACAACAGAUAAAUAAAUAUUAGGAUUUAUCGAUUAAUGUGCGUUUGGUCGAUUGCGCCAUAACGUUACCUAAUCGUUAUUAAUCAUAUUAAUCCUAUUAUUAUCACUAUAUAAUGCCGCACAAUGUAACUUAUCUCGAGAUGCUGAAUCAACUUAAAAAGUAAAUUAUAUACAUACACCUUACCCGCUACAAGCGCUCACGUAUGUAAGUAUCGAUCUUUUAAUCAUUUUUAUUCUUCGUUCCGGUAGAAGAGACUUUGUUGCUUUCGAUUAUAGUUGGGGUACCGAUAUUUGCUUUUCUUUUGUGUUACAAUGCGUAGGUAUUAGUAAUAACGUCAUAUAUUAUAAAGGAAUUUUUAAAUGCACAAUUUUCAUAUUAAUCUUGUUAUGUAUUACUCGCACUUGUCGCUAAGUAUUCGCCAAAUAACACGUAUCCUAGUGAGUAACAUGCAACGAUAUGGUAUAAUAAAGUAUCGUAAAUAAUCAAUAAUCGAUUAAAACAUAAAUUCUAAUUGAAGUUGUUAUUUUUUUUUUUAUUUUUUUUUUUUUGGCGAUGAGAAUUGACUAGCUCAAAACUCAUCAUUUUUUUUCUUUUCAUUUUUUCUUACGUAAUUUUCCUUACGAAAACAAACGUUUGUUAUUAUCCUCGCUUUAUGUAUAUUUCAUAUCGUAAUGUAACGCGCAUAUAUAUGUAUAUAUACGUUCAAAUAUUAGACACUCUUCGUUAAAAGUAGACACAUUUCAACUGUAAAAUCGAAUAAAGUUACGGUUGCAAGAUUACGCAUAUCACGUGUAUUACGGAAAGAUAAUAAAAAUCGCGUGGUCAAAGGUUACGAUGGAAGAAAGGUCGACGAGCUUUUUAUACUGGGUGGUUAACGUGCAUAAUGCGAGCAGACAUCGAGAACUUUUAUAAUAGCUUAAAGCUAGGCACAAAGUGCUGCUAACAGCUCGAUUUUAGUUCGAUAAAAAAUAAGUAGGCAAAGUGAUCCGUUCGGUAUUUAAUUAUCGCGUGUUUAGUAUUUCAAUCAACACGUACACCCGCCACGUUAGUCAAAGACAAGCUACUCGUAGCAGAUAGAUCCGAAACUCCUCCUACGAUAGCGGAGGACGUGCAAAUUGAUUGUAGCAGCAAUCGCGUGGUGCACGUAAGGUUGACAUUGCGAAACGAUCGAUCAGUAUGCGUUAGAAUCACCCUUUUCGUCUAUUACUCUUUGCUCUUUGCUCUUGCCUCGAUGGAAGCGGGAAAAGAUCCGAACGGAAAAUAUUUCGAAAAACUGCACGGUAUUUCCUGGAUUUAGCAAUGCUACGACGCCUCCACGAAUUCGUAACACUAACAGAAGUGUCUCAGAGUGCCAAAAUUACCGAAGACUGAAUCACGUUUGGUACUCACGAGAACCCCUGCCCUCCCGGUGCCUUUAACAUCCAUAGGGUGUAUUUUAAGAUGAAAACUCAGUGUGUACGUCACGUAAAGACCGUGGGAGUAUCGGAAUCGGGACGCCUAUUUAAGACUCCCUCGACUCCGCGACCGAAGCAGAUAGUUGAAUUCCUCGUUGUACCGGUUCUACCCGUUUCAACGGACAGAAAAUCGGAGUGUCGUCUCUCGAGUUACCAACCGAAUCAACGUUCCCAAAAACAAUCACGGUAGUACUCUGUUGGUGAUGUGUAGUCGCGAUCGGGGGGGGUGUUCUUGCUUUCGUCU